AUGAGUGAUUCUGAUGAUACAGAUGUUUUGCUCUUAAUUCCACCUGACCUGUUCCUUAUACCAUCAUCUUCAGAAUCUGAUGUUAGUUGUGAUCAAGUUAAAACAAACUAUAGUAAUAAGAAGACUGGAGUAAUAUCAGAACUUGUGGAACAUAUGCAAUCAUUAGAAAGCAGAAUUUGUGCUAUUGAAUCCAAGGAUGUUAGUUUAGAUGCUACUUUCUUAAAUAAUUCAUUGGAAUCACAAAUUCAAAGUAAUUCACUUAUCAGGUUUAAACAGACAUUACCUAAAACUAAAUUGCCUGUAAGUGAAAAUUGUAGUUUACAAAAUACACCUAUAAAACCUCGUCAAUCCUUAUCUGUUCCAUCAACCCCUAAUGGUCAUUCAUUAUCACAUCAUAUCAGUUCUCACUUAAAUGACAUAAACUUGGGGAAUCAUAUUUCUGUGUCUACGGGUACUAACGCAACUAAUGCUAAUGAUCAUGAUGAAAAUAAGCAUGAUUCUCUAACAUCCCAAUCUUAUGUGGUGGUAUCUCCUAAUGCUUGCAAUGUGGGUUCUCCGCAUGUUAAUGUUAAUUCUCCUGGAGGGAACCUUUAUUCACAUGCAGUUAAUUGUAGAAAUACAAAUAAUAUGUAUGUUAAGCCCUCUUUCAAUCAAUUACGUUCAAUGCCAUCUACCUCAACUUUACUUAGCACUACAGAAGCACCACAGUCGCAUUCUAAAACUAAUAUACCAGAAAUGGAGCUCUCCGAAGUUGAUGAGCUACUUCAAGAGAUGGAAGCUACCGAAUUAGAAUUAUCAAAAAGGAUUAACAGGGUGUCUAUGCAUCAUUGCCUUAAGGAACAAAAUGAUGUAUUAUCUAAUGAGAAUAGCGAUACUGUUAGAAGCAAGGAUUAUGGUAGUGGAUACAAUCAUUCUGUUAAUCGAAAAUUGGAAUUUACAUCACAAGAUUCAAGUGGUAUUUUAUCAAUGAAAUGUAAUAAGAAGUCUGAUAUUUUUGCUGAUAUAUCCUUGCCAUAUAAUAAUUCAUUACAUGCAAAUGAGACUGAUAAAAUAAUAUCAGAAUUUAAAACAUGGGAUCAAAAUACACAAAAUCAAAUUUCAAAGACUGAAGAGAUGGAAGGUCCAGUUACAUUAACAAAUUCAAGCAGUAUUGAUAAAUCAGUUACGAAAGCAAAUGAUGUACAAAGAAAGAAUUCAGUUACUCAACAAACCUCUCUGAGUGCAGAUAAUGUAAAUAGUACGAGUACAGUUAAUGUGCACAAUACUCAAACUCAUAAUAUAUAUAAAAAAGUAGAUACUUCUUUACAAAAUGAAUUAUUGCCGUGCAAUAAUACAAAAUUAAUAAAAAGUGCGGAAUAUAAUGUAUUAUGUUCAUCAGAACCUUACAAAAAUUUACAACAAACUGGAAGCGUGCAAUAUAUGAAACAAACGUACGAUGUGCCACAUGUUAAAAAUAUUAUUCAUGCUUCAACAAAUACAGAUUUUUUCCCAAGGAAAUCUCAACGGCUUUUAUCUUUAUCAGACUUUUGGGAAAACAAUGGUAAUAAGACGCAAGAAGAAAUACACAGAAUUAAAUUAGAGGAAGAAAAAUUUCGUCGAGAGCAUUGUGAACACUUAAUUCAAGAAUUGCAAAAACGUUUACUAGAACAACAAGAGAAGGUUGCAGUGGCACUUAGAGUUGACAAUGAAAAAAAUGAGUUGAUAGCACAAUUUCAUAAUGCAUGGUCUAAAUUAAAGCAACGAGUGCAUAUAUCGGAAAAUGAAUAUAGUGCUUUACAGACGAAUCUUAAGAAUGUAACAGAGAAACAUCAGUUAGAGGUUACAGAAUUUCAAUCACAAAUUAAACGAAUUGAAGGUGAAUUAUCAAAAGCUUUAGAUCUUGCAGCUGGGUAUAAAGAAAAAAAUGACAUUGCAAUGAAGGAAAAAGUUGAAUUAUUAAAAAAUCAUGCUGACGAAUUAGAAAAUUCUAAAUUACUCGUGCAAGAAGUAGAAAAUAGAUACGAAAAAUUGAAAGUGGAAUACAAUAAGUUAUUAGAAAAAAAUCAACAGUCUGAAGAAACAUUAAAGACUCUUCAACAAGAAUUAGGAAAAGAACGAUUAAAAGGCGGAGAAGUUAGAAAUGAAAUGGAUGUUAUUCAUAAAGCAUUAGAUACUUGUGAAGCUGAAUUGACUGUACUUAGACAAGAGAAAGAAAAUUUACAGUUGAAGUUAAGAGAAGAAAUCAACAGAAAUUCAAUUCUACAGCAGAAAAAUAUUUCGUUGCUUUCUACUCUUGACGAUGCUAAAAAAGCAGAGAAAUUAGCCAAGGAUGAAACAAGAUUCCUUGUAGAACAAAAAGAAAAGAUUAGGUCUGAAUUACAAGAAAUUUAUCAGAAACAAGUCGAUGAGGUGGUAAAAGUCAAAUUACAAGAAUUUCAAACUCAACUUGAUGCUAUUGAAUCAGAAUUUCUUGAGGAAUUAAGAACUAGGCAACAAGUUAUUGCUGAAUGCGCAGCUCGAAAAAUUAAAGAUAUUAUAGAUAAGCAUCAAUUAGAAAUAAAUUUAUUAGAAGAAAAACAUAAAGAAGAGAAGAGACUGUGUGAACUUCAAUUGGCAGAAGCUUUACAGAAAUCGUCCUUUUUAGAAAGCCAACUUCAUUCUCAACGGGCUACCAAAUCUCAACUGGCAGAACAACUUCACUCAGUGAUGCAGCAACAAUGGCAACAAGCUUUACAAAUUAUAUCAGGCGGAAAUAUGGAAAAUUUAACUCCUCUUCAAAAAAUUCAUGCCGAAAAAUUGUUCGAAUUGAAAGGCCCCAAAAAAUCUGAAUCGAUGCCGAAUUGUUAUACAAAGGUUUCUCAAGAACCAAUAAAAUUAACAUCGCACACGUCGGAUACGAAAAAUUUUCAUAACCAAAACGACUGUAUGAGUACUGUAACGUCACUCGAUGAGACUCCGUUAACUAGUAAAAGAAAAUCAGUAGAUGAUCUUCGAAAAUAUGUGAAAAUGAUUGCCGAGAUGCAACAAGCGAAAGAGGAGUUUUUAAAAAUUAAAGAAAAUAGUAUGACUUCAUCCUUAAUAUGUAGGGAAGUACCAAGGAAACAUUAUUUAAAAAAGGAUUUAAGUAUCGGUGAUGAAGACAGUAUCGUGUGGCAACCUGCAUCAGAAACUACUCAAGAAACUAACGAAUUCAUUCCAAUUUCACAAAAGAUAUCGACGAAGGAAGAGCAAAAAAUGAAGCCACCAUGGAAAUGAUCUUGAAAAGAUUAUAGCAUUUAUGAUAUGGAUCAUAUUAAGGUGUCCAUAUAGUACAUUUA